AUGACCAUCACGUACAGCUGCAUUGCUAAUGGCCGAGUGAUCCUGGCCGAGCUGGCCCUGACCGGAGGCUCCUAUCAGGAGGCAGCGUCAUCAGUGCUAAAACUAGUGCUUCUAAAAGCUGAGAAAAAAACCACAGCACGUAUUGGAAGCUAUGUCUACCAUACUCUCUUAAUUGAUGGAAUCACUUACUUGUGUGCCACAGACAAUCCCCUGGAUAACGCUUUACCAUCUGCAUUUCUUGAAGAGGUGAGCAAAACUUAUUCUGAAAAUCCCUUGCUGUUCCAAGAACCUUUUCCUCUCUCAAAUGCAGUCAUUGCAGAUUUUCAACACGUGCUGGGAAAUUGCAUGGUAAAGAGGAAAAAAGGACAAAAAAGCAAAAUGUGCAUGAUGAAGUACAAUCAAUAUCAAAGUGAAUUUAAGAUUUCUGCUCUGAAAAGUCAGGUGUCUGAUGUCAAAAAUUCCAUGACCCAAAAUAUUGACAAAAUGUUGAGAAAAGAAGAAAAACUGAAUGUACUCAUUGACAAAACAGACAAUCUUCAAAUAGCUACUAAAUCAUUCCAAAAAACAACAACAAAGAUGUCUAAGAAGAUGUGGUGGAGAAACUACAAAAUCAUCAUAAUUAUAUUUUCCAUUUUAAUCAUCAUCAUCAUCAUUCUUUUAAGUACAAAUGUUAUUCCAGUUUGA